UGAACCGGAAGUAGACAUUUUCACACACGUGAAUGAGACAGGAGCAACAGAAAUGGACUCAACGGAGCUAUCAACUUCAGAAUGUGUUUCUAAGAAAAAACGAAAGACGAAAAUGCCAAAGCGAAAAGUCAAAUUUGACGAAAAUCCAGUGGUAGAGAUGAAUCCAGCAGAGGGUGAAGUAAAAGAGGAGAAGUCCGAGCCAGGAGCGUUUUUUCCUCCAACAUUCAGCGUGUCUGACAUCAAAAACAAGCAGCGCAGACAUACGAUGUUUCUCAAACUGAAGCAGGAGAAAAGAAAGCAAAAGCUGGAACUGAAAAAGAAAAGGAAGAAGGAGAGAAAAGCUCUUGGCGAUAAGGCUCCACCUAAAGAAGUUCCCAAGACUAUAGAAAACCAGAGAAUAUAUGAUGAAACUACAGUCAACCCAGAGGAUGAGGAGGUGGCUUUUGAUGAAGGAACCGAUGAAUUCUCUGCUUACUUUAAUCGUUUGACAAAUCCCAAAGUUCUUAUUACCACUUCAGACAGGCCGAGAGGAAGAACUGUGAGGUUUUGUGAACAGCUGGCGACCGUAAUCCCACAUGCGCAUGUGUACUACAGAAGAGGUCUGGCAUUGAAAAGAGUCAUUCCUCAGUGUAUAUCACGAGGCUUUACUUACUUAAUGGUGAUCAAUGAGGAUAGAAAGGUGCCAAAUGGUUUGGUUCUCUGUCACCUUCCUGACGGACCGACUGCACAUUUUAAAGUCAGUAGUGUCCGGCUUCGCAAAGAGAUGAAGAGAAGAGGUAAGGACCCUACAGAACACGUUCCAGAAGUCAUCCUCAAUAACUUCACUACUAGACUCGGUCACACCAUCGGACGGCUGUUUGCUGCUCUGUUUCCUCAUGAUCCACAGUUUGUUGGCCGUCAGGUCGCCACAUUUCACAAUCAGAGAGACUUCAUCUUUUUCAGAUUUCACAGGUAUAUCUUCAAGAAUGAAAAGAGAGUAGGAAUCCAGGAGCUAGGACCCCGCUUCAGUCUUAAACUUCGCUCCUUACAGAAAGGAACCUUUGACUCCAAAUUUGGGGAAUAUGAAUGGGUUCACAAGCGCCAUGAGAUGGACUCCAGCAGAAGAAAAUUCCAUCUUUAAGAGACGGACUGGAAAAAUAGGAUAACCGCUCUUUAACGUCUCAUAAAAAUCUAAUAAUAACUUUGCCAUUUAAUGGAAUGAGUGUUAAUGAAAUACAGACUUUGAAUUUGCUGUAUUAUAUUUUAUAAUACCUCUGUAAAAUAUGACUGAGAUAGAAAUAUUUGAUUUGUUUCCAGUUCUAAAAAAUGUAUACAUUCAACAGAUUUUUUUUCUCUUUGCUUAAAUACAACUUGUAAGCCUUCAUUCACAUUUUGGGAAAAAGAAAAGUUUUGAGAGCAGGGCCAGUAUGCAUAAAAUGCUCUUAAGUAUAGUACUAUGAUUUGACUAAUUCUUAGCAAAAAGUGAGACUUGAGCAAAAAAAGUCUAAGCCAGAAGUAAUGGCAGAAGUGAGACUUAAAGGGAUAGUUCGCCCAAAAAAAUGAAAAUUCUCCCAUCUACUCACACUCAUGCCAUCCCAGAUGUGUAUGACUUUCUUUCUUCUGCUGAACACAUAUGAAGAUUUUUAGAAGAAUUCUUCAGCUCUGUAGGUCCUCACAAUGUAAGUGAAUGGGUACCAAAAUUUUGACACUCCAAAAGCACAUAAAGGCAGCAUAAAAGUAAUCCAUACGACUCCAGUGGUUAAAUCUAUGGGUGCUUCUCAUUUCUUAAAUUGUGCAUCCUCAUUGCCUUUCCUUGCUUCCUUUCCUCGCUACCUAGCUCCACCCUCUUAGGAAAGAAAGGAGAGGAGGAUGGAGGAAUCAAAGCAAGAUGGAUUUGUGAAAUGGAAUGUCCUGCUCACUCAAGUGUCACUUUAUAGCUCUGUCGAUGUGUAGCUGCAUUACAUUGGAGCGCUUGCUGUUAUGUUAUUGAAACUAUUGAUAUAUUCAUAAUAAAACCUAAUAAUUCAAGAUGCACUGUUAAAGUAUUUGACAAUUAUGGUUUAUUUAAACUGCAAAGGUGAAAUAUGAAUUAAAGCUGUUGUGUCAGAUGUGAAGGGGGAGGAGAAUUUAUGUGUGCGUCAGGUGAUUUGGCCAAAAAGUCUUCCACAUAGGAUGCUCGGUGCUUCCUCGCUCGUGUCCUCGGGAAGCUUCCUCGGUCCUUGCCUCCUCAUGGUGCAUUUAGAGAAUAGAUACGUCCUUCAUGAUGGCGGACUUUGAACUGUUUCCGGGUCACGGGCUCGAGGACGGAGGAGGGAGGAAAUGAGGAUGCACAAUUUAAGAAAUGAGAAGCACCUUAUAUCUUCAGAAGCGAUAUGAUAGGUGUGGGUUAGAAACGUAACUUUCACUUUUAUAUUCUUUGUUUUUGGCUAUUUGCAUCCUUCAUGCAUAUCGUCACCUACUGGGCAGGGAUGAGAAUUUUUAGUAGGAAAGGACUUAAAGCUGAAGGAUGUAAUUUCUGUGACACUAGCACCACAGAAUGGAAUUGCAAAAAUAAACAAUGUUUUUAAAACUGCUUUCUAAAUACGCCGCUCGUCUGCUGCUGUUCAACAGUCAGAUAGUCCCACUCCCAACUCACACCGUUGGGGUGGGUCGCUCAAAACAAACAGGAAUUUUUAUAGUGCCACAGAGACGGAGUAUUUACACUUUUCGAGAAAAUGUAUCUAUGAAUGGCUUACUUAUAGUUGUCUCUGCGUAUUAAGCUGGGAUAGAAGUAUUUUAACACUGAAAAAGUUAAAUCAGCUUUAAAUAUUGAUGUGUUUCUUACCCACACCUAUCAUAUCACUUCUAAAGAUACAGAUUUAACCACUGGAGUCAUAUGGAUUACUUUUAUGUGGCCUUUAUGUGCUUUUUGGAGCUUCCAAAUUUUGGUACCCAUUCACUUGCAUUGUAUGGACCCACAGAUCUGAAAUAUUCUUCUAAAAUUCUGUGUGUUUAGCAGAAGAAAAUCAUACACAUCGAGGAUGGCAUCAGGGUGAGUAAAUGAUGAGAGACUUGAACUGUCCCUUUAAGUGUCCCUAAGGACUACAGUGAUGCCACCCCGCAACCACUGUAUCGGCCAUUAGUGGGCCUGUGAUAACAAUUAUAAUUGGUUAAUCAAUAAUUUCUUUGAGCCAAAUGUAUUUUAUCUUAUUUCUUGCAUUUUAUUAGAGGAAAAAAAACAUUAUUUCACACAUUUUGCCCAGUGCCCAAAUUAAAGGGUACAAAAAUAGAAAUGUAUGCUAAACAUUGGUACAAAAGAAAGAAAUGUUACAAUAUACAUUGCAUGUAAUUUUUCAUAUUAUAAAGAAUUCUCAAUUUUAAUAUUCUUAAAACAUAGAGUAGGCCUAUUUUAAGUAUAAAGACUCACUUGCUGUUAGUUAUGACUGUUAAGUUGUUUUAUGGAAAUGCAGCGGGCCUGGGUAGCUCAGCGAGACUACUGCUGACUUCCACCCCUGGAGUCACGAGUUCGAAUCCAGGGCAUGCUGAGUGACUCCAGCCAGGUGUCCUAAGCAACCAAAUUGUCCUGGUUGCUAGGGAGGGUAGAGUCACAUGGGGUAACCUCCUCGUGGUCGCUAUAAUGUGUGGUUUUCACUCUCGGUGGGGCACGUGGUGAGUUGUGCUUAGAUGCCAUGGAGAAUAGCAUGAAGCCUCCACACACGCUGCGUCACUGCGGUAACGUGCUCAACAAGCCACGUGAUAAGAUGCGCUGAUUGACUGUCUCGGACGUGGAGGCAACUGAGAAUCGUCCUCCGCCACCCAGAUUGAGGCGAGUCACUACGCCACCACGAUGACUUAGAGGGCACUGGGAAUUGGGCAUUCCAAAUUGGGGAGAGAAAAAAGAAAUGCAAACUCAUAUGUCUUUGAGUUAAUUAUAUUUACAGAUAAUGAAUCAGUACAAUUUAACUUAUGGGCUAAGGAUAAACGGCUCUAAAACAAAUAAAAUAGCUGAAGGAAUCUGUCAAAGCACCUGACACCCAUAUUAAAAAUAAAGUGCUUGUAUGCUUUGGAAAUAUUUGCUCGUAUUCCUUUCUGCUGAGGCUCUGUACCAUUUUUCAAAUGUGUUUUUUUUUCUUUCUUCAUAGAAAUGUUUUUACUACUGUAAAGUUACCUCAUUGACUGAGAUUCUCUGUGACAGAGUGGAGAUAUCCUACGAAUCGUUAUGAAAUUUGCAACACAUCUUGGCCCCUUAAUCGCAAAUAUUUUUAUCUUAUCACUAGGAGUUAUCCAAAGAAUUCCUAGCUAAGAGUUUCUGCUUUAAAACCUAUUUACAAAAUGUAGGAGUAAAGGCAGAGUUGACAUCGUUGCUAUGGAACGCACUUUCUUAAAGGGAUAGUUCACCCAAAAAUUAAAAUUCUCUAACAUACUCGCCCUCAUGCCACUCCAGAUGUGUAUGACUUUCUAGAAGAAUAUCUCGACUCUGUAAGUUCAAUGUAAGUGAAUGGUGGCCAGACAUUUGAAGCUCCAAAAAUCACACAAAGGCAGCAUAAAAGUUAUCCAUUUGACUCUGGUGGUUUAAUCUGUGGGGGUGGAUUUAAUCCGUUUUGUUUCACCUAUUUUCUUUUAUCAUCCUCAUUUACAAUAAACCAUGUAUUUUA